AUGAAAUAUCUAUUAUUUUCCAGCAUAUUUAUUGUAUUUCUUCUUACAAUCAAUCUUUCAUUAUCAAUCGAUUUAUCUCAACAAGAAUUUGUCAAUGAUGAUUUAUUAACAAUUUUAGCUAAAGAUGAUAUUGAACAAUAUCAUCCAAAAUGGCGUCGUCAAUCGAAAUCAGUUUCUUCACGAUCAGAUAAAAUGAAAAAAGACAAAGGACGAUCACGUACUCUUACAUACGACUUUUUACUUCAUAAAUGGUUUUUACGUAAAGUGCCAGAAUAA